AUGGACACGCAGCUGAGGCGCAGCCGGCGGCUGGAAGGACUAAAGCCUGAAUCACCCGAGAACCCCACCUCAGUUCUGCGGGUGAGACGGGCCCUUGUGGAGUUCGAGUCGAACCCAGAAGAAAGGAGGGAGCCCGGUUCUCCUCGGAGUGUGCGGCCACCUGGCCUGGAGUCUCCCAGACAUCAGCCGGAGACAAGCCCGGGAUCACCCAGUCUACGGGAGGGGGCAGGCUUGGGGUCCCCCCGAAAGCAGCCAGAGCCGGGCCCAGGGUCGCCCCAGCGUCAGCGAGACCCAGGCCUGGAGUCGCCCCAAAGACCGCCGGAAUCGAGUCCUGAAUUCUCCCGACUUCAGCCACAGCCAAGUGGGGAGUCACCAAAGUUUUCCCAGGACCGAGAAGAAGCGGAUUCGGAGUUGCCCAAGAGUAAGGAGGAGCCGACCCUGGGGUCCCCCCGACAUCAGUUGCAGCCGAGCCCAGGGUCACUAGAGCCUUACCCUGGUCAGCAAGCGCCGGGUCCCGAGCCCUCUCAGCCACUGCAGGAGCUGACACCCCAGUCGCCCGGCUCCCCACGGGAUCAGCGUGAGCCGAGCAAGCCACCGCCGGCCGGGCAGCCGGAGAGAGACGGCCUCGGGCCAAAGAAGCGAGAAGGUUCUUCAGCCCAGGCCCCAGCGUCCAAGAAACCGAAGAAGGAGGAGGUUCCUAAAAUCCCGAAGGGGAAGCCCAAGUCUGGGCGGGUGUGGAAGGACCGCUCAAAGAAGAGGUUCUCCCAGAUGGUUCAGGACAAGCCCCUGCGCACAUCCUGGCAGCAGAAGAUGAAGGGCCGGCAGGAGAGAAAGCGGGCCAAGGACUUCGCCCGCCACCUGCAGGAGGAGAAGGAGCGGCGCCGGCAGGAGAAGCAGCAGCGCCGCGCUGAGAACCUGAAACGCCGCCUGGAGAACGAGCGGAAGGCGGAGAUCGUCCAAGUGAUCCGAAACCCCACCAAGCUCAAGCGGGUGAAGAGGCAGCAGCUGCGCUCCAUUGAGAAGCGCGACACGCUGGCCCAGCUGCAGACGCAGCCGCCACAGCGGCCAGCAGCCAAGAGCUGA